CAUCGCCGCCAUGCGAAGCGCGAUUAUGUUACCGAGACCACUGUCGUCACCGUCACUGGCGCCGAGGUAGUUGUUUUGGUUGACGAGCACGGCGUCCCUUAUUCGACCUACACGGAGCCUGUCGGUCAGGUCACUGCGACUCCGGUCAGGGAGGCCUCUACGACAACAUCUACGACAACAUCCACAGUCACAAUGACAAUCUCGUCCACCGAGGCUCCGACUUAUAUUACUCCAAUGGCGACUCCAGAGCCUACGUCCAGUGCAGUUGAAACUUCUGCCCCGCCAAGCGAGACCCCAACCCCUUCAUCUGCCCCUUCUUCGUUGUCUAUUGAAGAACCCUCUUCUUCCGCUCCGGCGACCUCUGCCGCUCCAGCUACUUCCGCCGCUCCAGCUACCUCAGCCGCCCCUGCGCCUUCAGCUACACAAGCCCCAUCUGGCGCCUCUGGGGUUAUUACCUCUGGCGUUGCGUGGGAUCCGUUCACUGGAUCAAGCUCGUCCACCACGUGCAAGAACGAAUCUCAAAUCGCUGAUGAGUUUAACGCGAUGAAAAGCUACGGAGUAGUUCGUCUGUAUGGAACCGGCUGCAAUCAGGUUGCGCUGGGGCUUCAGCAUGCGAGAGAUAACGGACAAAAGCUUAUGCUUGGAAUCUAUGUGCCGACUGAGAAUGUGUCGGACGAUGUCAACAUGUUCUCCGAUGCCAUCAAUCAGUUCGCCAACGGAAAAUGGGAUGACAUCCUUCUCAUUAGUGUCGGAAAUGAGCAAGUCAACUCGCACCAGAUGACAGCCUCCGCCGUGGUCGACGCUAUCAAUGACGCCCGCCAGAAGCUCCAGGCUGUUGGCUAUACUGGACCUAUUGGGACUGUUGACACUGUUCCAGCCACAGUUGACAACCCCUCGCUCUGCCAAAAUUCCGACUACGCCAUGGUCAAUAGCCAUGCUUUCUUCGAUUCCAACACAGCGGCUAAGGAUGCGGGCACUUAUGUCAAAGGCACCGUCCAACAGGUCGAGAACGCGUGCCCUGGCAAGAAGGUCAUCGUCACUGAGUCCGGUUGGCCAUCAUCUGGAGACGCCAAUGGAAAAGCUGUACCCAGCCCACAGAACCAAAAGGAUGCGCUUCAGUCUCUCCGCGACGCUUUCAGCGAUAGCAUCAUAUUGUUCUCUGCCUUCAGCAGUGCCUGGAAGUCCGACUUUGCCGGUUCCUACAACGCAGAGAAGUACUGGGGUUUCAUGUAGAAGGGUGGCCCUUCUCGACAAGCGAACCGCUGGACGGCUGUUGCACAUUCGCGCUCUUACGGCCGGAUAUCCUCUCUUUGGUAUGUCAAUAUGCACUCCCUCCUUUACCACAUUCCCUUCCCUCCAUACAAUGUUUGUUUCAUAAUUACGGCGGCCUCAUACGCUGUACAAAGCCGAGACGGAAAAUAUGGUUGGGCUAAGCGGGAUUUUCAAGUGGAAUGAAAACGGCAUUAUGUGUUAUGAGGGAGCUGAUUUCGGCGGUCUUGUUCCUAUUUUGUCUUCAUUGGCUAUUUCUGCCUUUGAUCGAUAAGAGGACACGGGUCGCUUUGACUUGUUGUACAAUAUAUUUAGGAUGUCAAAUCAGACAUCUGUCACCUGC